AUGUUUUUAGAACCUCUCACGUACAUUUAUGAUGAAGAUAAUUCAGACAUUUUAGAAACUUAUCACAAAAGAAUUCUAAAAAAAAAUCGAAUUCCUCGGAUAGAAGGUUAUGUUGAAAACAUAAUUUCUUCGCUUAGUGCAUUACAAUUUAAAAAUAAUUUUCGAAUGCUACCUUCUACGUUUGAGUUUCUAUUAGAGGAAAUUGGCGAAAAAUUAAUUCCCACAACUGAAGGCAAUGAGAUGAUACCCGCAGACAAGCAGCUAUUGCUAAGUUUAUGGCGUUUUGCAACUCCAGACUCAUAUAGAUCAAUAAUUGAGCGGUUUAAUGUAGGCAAAGCAACAGCCAUAAGGACUGUGCGCCGUGUUGCAAAAGCACUGUGUGACUUAUCGCCAACAUACAUAGUAUGGCCAACAAAUAAAAAAAUAGAAGCUAUCGUUCUUGGAUUUGCUUCAAAAAGUGGUUUUCCUGAUACCAUAGGAGUUAUAGACGGUACCCACAUAUACAUUCCUGCACCUAUAGAGAAUGCAGACGCAUACAUCAAUCGGAAAAAACGUCAUUCAAUUCAACUCCAGGCGGUAUGCCAUCACACAAUGCAGUUCACACAUAUUUAUGUGGGAAACGUGGGAUCAGUCCAUGAUGCUCGAGUUUUUCGAUUAUCAGCUGUUCAAGAUUAUAUUAAUGACCCGACUAAAUUUCCUAACAAUACGCAUAUAAUUGGAGAUGCUGCAUAUGGGCUCCAUCAACAUCUAUUAGUUCCAUAUAUGGACAAUGGACACCUUACAGUACGACAAGAAAAUUACAAUUAUUGCCAUUCUUCGACAAGAAUGGUGAUAGAAAGAGCAUUUGGUCUUUUGAAAGGACGCUGGAGAAGUCUUUUACACGUUUUAGCAAUCAAUCUACUUGAUUUUACACCAUAUCAUAUACUGGCAUGUUGCGUGCUGCAUAACAUUUGUUUAUUACAAAAGGAUGAACUAACGAUAAACGAUGUCAUUGUUCUUGAUACAGAAGAAGCGGAAUUGCAAAGAGAAGACAUAAUUAGAUGUAACGAUAGAGUUACUGCAGAAGCUAAAAGAC